GGCACGUUGCAGACUACAUUGCACGCAUAUAUCGUUUCACAGAGUUGGUGUUUAAGAUAAGCUAUUGCACAUUGCUCCAAUUAAUAUUUUUAAAAUGAUAGAUUUACGUGGUGACAGUGCAGACAGUGCACCAAUACCAAAUAGUCGUAAAAAAGAAAGUACACACAGUUUGGCUACAAGCCCUGGCUUAUCACAGCUCAAUCCUUACUUCAAUUAUGACCCAGUAUAUUUUCCUCCAAGCCAACCAGAGUUUAUAUUCCCGGAAGGAGCUGUAAAACAACGUGGUCGAUUUGAGUUAGCCUUCAGUCAGAUUGGUGCAGCAUGUAUCAUAGGUGCAGGUUUAGGUGGUGCUAAUGGCUUUUACAAGGGAUUAAAAGCAACUACACUUGCUGGUGAAGUAGGAAAAUUGAGAAGAACUCAAAUGAUCAAUCAUGUGAUGAAAAAUGGUUCGUCUUUAGCAAAUACAUUUGGCGUUGUAACCCUAAUGUAUAGUGGAUUUGGUGUUAUACUUUCUUGGGCAAGAGGAACAGACGACUCUAUAAAUACAGUGGCAGCUGCCACUGCCACAGGAAUGCUUUUCAAAUCGACAGCUGGUCUCAAAAGAUGUGCAGUAGGGGGUGGAAUAGGACUUGGCAUUGCAGCUGCAUAUUGUUUAUGGAAUAAUUUAACUGAUAACUCGGCAACCUUCUCAUCUCAUAAUUACUAGCGGCAAUGAAACUUCCUUUUUUGUACAUAUAUAACGAAAAAAGCCUAUUUCGAGUCGAACGAGCAGUUCAUCAAGCAAAGAAAUACGACGUUGAGUAUCCAGAAUAGCUUAUUGUUGAAUGCAUAGCGAAUGACAAAAAUGAAUAUAGUUUUAAAGUAAUUCAUAUAUAAUUAUAAUUUCCAAAGAACUGUAACCAAUGAUGUCCAAUGAUUUUUGUGCUCUUGAACAUUUGGUUUAUCUAUUUAAUAAAUAAAUUUCUUAGUGCAAAUGAAAAUAACGUUAUUAGACUCAGUGAAAAAGUUAAAAAUCAAAUGUAUUGUAUAUUAAUGAAGUCUAAUGUGCAAAAUAAAUUUAAAAUUGAUUCAA